UUACCUCAGCUGCUUAUUGUCAUGGCAAGCCCGAACCCCGUACAGUAGGGAACAACAACCCCAUCCAGGCAGACCCGCCGAAGUUCGUCCGGAGCGUGACGAACGGGAAGUUGUACACGGUGGGGGAGGGCGACGAGACCAUCCAGGUCGUACAUCUAUGGGGAACCCCGACAGAGAUGGGCCAGGCUCAAGGAGAGUUGAUGAAGGAGCGAGCCAAGAACAUGAUAGACAGAAUGUGGGAAUACAUGGAGAGUCAAGUGACGGAUGCAAUCAACGGUACCCUACCUGACUUUUUUCAGAAGUGGUUUUUGGAUGACGUCGCCAAUGUUGGGCUGGAGGUUGCUUUGGACCUCGAAGUCCUGGCCACGGAAAAGUACUCAGGAGCGUAUUUUCUUGAAGAAAUCAAGGGUAUGGCUGAUGCUGCCGGGAUCGAUUUUAAGAAAGUACUGCGGAUUCAUAUGAUUGGAGAACUAACGAAGGGGUCCUGUUCUAUGUUCGGUGCCUGGGGAGAGGCGCUGUUCCCGCACGGAACCAUGUUACCCGCCACCGAGCUUCUACAGAUGCGAGCUUUGGACUGGAUAACGGAAGGCCCGCUGCAAGACUUUCCGCAGGUCACGGUGUACCAUCCCGAUGGUGAAGGGAACGGCCACGCCUUCGCUAACGUGGGUUGGACGGGCUGGAUCGGCUCCAUCACUGGCAUGUCUGAAAAGAAAAUGGCCAUAUCCGAGAUCGGCGUCUCAUUCCCUGAUGACUCUUUUGGAGCCGAGUCAAGAUUUGGGGUGCCAUUUACGUACUUGUUAAGAGACAUCCUACAGUUUGAUAACACCCUGGAUGACAGCAUCAACCGCAUCGCCAACUCCGCACGGACAUGUGAUCUCAUCUUUGGUGUUGGUGACGGCAAGCUGAACGCGUUCC